AGGGCCCGCUGCCGGCCGGCGAGGGGGGCGGCGCGCCGCGGUGGCGGCGCCAGCGCAGCGUUGCGGCCUGUCCCUCCCCGCGGGGCGGGAGCGGCAGCGGCAGCGGCGCCUGGGCUGGCCGCGGCAGCGCGGGCAGAGCCCUGCCCCCGGCGCGGCUUCCCUUCGGCCGCCCCGGGCAGCCCCCUCUCUUCUCGUCUCUCCUCUCGUCUCCUCUCCCCCGCGGCCCCGCCGGGGGGAUGCACCCGGCCCCCUGGGGCAGCGCCUCCGCCCGCCGUCCGGCUCCCUGAGCGGCCUUCCCGCCCCGCCGCGUCCCUGCUUCUCCCCUCUCAGGUGCGGGCGGAGGCGGUGAGCGGGUGAAGCCCCCGCCCGGCGGCCUCCCCCAUGGUGGGCUUCGGGGCCAACCGGAGGGGCGGCCGUCUGCCUUCCCUUGUCUUCGUGGCGCUGCUGGUGGUGAUCGCCAUCCUCGCCUUCAACUGCUGGAACGCCUCGUCCCGCCAGGCCCUGCUGCAGGAGGAGGUGGCGGAGCUGCAGAGCCAGGCCAAGCGCACCGAGGUGGCACGGGGGCGCCUGGAGAAGAGGAACUCGGACCUGAUGGGCAAGGUCGACUCCCACAAGAAGCAGCUGGAGCAGAAGGAGGCCGACUACAGCCACCUGAGCAGCCAGCUGCAGGCCAGGGACGGCCAGGUGAAGAAGUGCGAGGACAGCAAGAUUAAGCUGCAGAACAACAUAUCGUAUCAAAUGGCAGACAUACAUCGUUUAAAGGAACAACUAGCAGAAUUACGUCAGGAAUUCAUUCGACAGGAAGAUCAGCUUCACGAGUACAAGAACAACAAUACUUACCUUACAAGGAGAUUGGAAUAUGAUAGUCUGCAGUGUGGGCAGCAGAUCAAGGAAAUGAGACUGCAACAUGAAGAAAACAUAAAGAAAUUAAUGGACCAAGUUGUGCAGGAACAAAAGGCCACGCAAAAAAUUCAGUCCAGCAAAGACACUGAAGUAAGUCCCCAUAAUGAUGACCAGGCAAUAUCUAAGACUGUUCCAGAGGCAGAAGAUAAAAACACAGUAAAGAAUGAGCAGCCAUCAGAUCGUGUUGUAAAUGGCAAAGAGAAAAUCAAACCAGGAGGAGAUGCAGGCAUGCCUGAAAUAGAAGAUAAUGACCCUGCUAAAGCUGAAGAUACUCCCACUGCUUUAAAGAAGCCACUUAUUUCAGCUUCUAAAAGUGAAGGUCAUCAACCUGUUAUAAAUCUUCCAACUGAACAGCCCCAUGCUCCAAAUCUGGCACCAGGUUUGCACAGUGACAAUGAUGGGAAUCCUGAUACUGUGAAGCAGAUACCUCCAAAUUCUCUCCAGCACUUAAAUUUUGAAGAAAAUGUGGAAAAUCAGAAAGAACACAAAAUUGAGACAGACCAUAUAAAAAUUCCAAAGAGCAGAGUUAGUGACUUGCAGAAGAUGAAGCAAAGCCGAUUCUUUGAUGAGAAUGAAUCCCCUGUUGAUCCGCAGCAGGGUUCUAAACUGGCAGAUUAUAAUGGGGAUGAUGGUAACGUGGGUGAGUAUGAGGCAGACAAACAGGCUGAGCUGGCUUACAAUGAGGAAGAGGAUGGUGAUGGUGGAGAAGAAGACGUCCAAGGCAUAAUGGAUUUAAUAUCUGGGAGUAAAGAUGAAAGAGUGACUUCUGGAAGCCUUUUCAUGAAGAACAGUCUGAGCAGUAUGAUGAAGAAAGAGAUCUACAAAAUGACCUUGUUGAUUAUGGCAAGCCACGCUUCAGUGAUGGUGUUCUUUAAGGCCUAAAUUAAGCAGGAAAUGUGGAUGAGGAGAGAUCUCAACUGAGGAACUUGAAGUGCUGCAAAACUGAACCAUUUUUACUUCUGUGUUUCUUACUUUAAAGGAAGCUGAUAAUAAAAAGUGAUGAGUAUACUCAAAGUCAGUGACGUAACAGAAGGAAACAGUUCUGUACAUAUGUACAUAGUUGUACUAUUGCAAAUUGUAUUAAAACUACAUUUUUGUUGUUACAUUGAGCCAAUUACUUAGACUGUACCUUAUCUGUAAUAAUCUUUACAUUUAAAACCGAUAUUAUAAAUAUGGGCUGAAUUGUUUCUGCAAUUUAGAAAACUUUGUAAACUGGAGAACUUGUACAGUUUGUAUCUCAUGUAACAAAUACACUGUGGAAACAAUGUACAGCCAAAGGACUCCUUUUCUACAGUAAUACCUGUAUGAGCAAAAAUACUGCUUUUCUCAUGAGUGCUGUGUUUUUGUAUUUUGCAGGUGAGCUAUCAGUUGAGAAUGAAAACUGAAUGUUUAAAAAAUUGCUCCUUCCUUAAUGUAACAGAGGAAAGGCUAUGACGGUCUUUGGAAGCAAGUACCAUUUUAAUUCUCAUAUACAGUGACCAAAUCUAGUAGCUAGAGCUGGAAAUCAGUGAUAUUAGGAUUUUUAAUAAUUUGAUACAUCCUGAAAAAGUUGUGUAACUAAUAGCUUAUUUUAAAAGGUAAUAUAAAUAAUUCAGCACAGCUUAUAGGAAAUCUUUGUGUUAAAGAGAGCAAGUGUGUUAGUGAGAAACAGGCAAGUCUACAUCAGCUUUGCAGGAACCUUACUGGAAGGAACAACCCCUACCCUCGGUAAAUACGUGGUAUGCACUGUUUCACUGUCUUGAGAGCAUCCAUCCUGUGUCACAGUCACUCAAGUUAAUUUACAAUUUAAUACUUUGAUACAGAUCUCUAAACAUCUGCCAUGUUCCAUGUUUUGAUUUUCUAUAUCGGAAAGUUUGUAAGUUAGAUACUUUUUGUAUUCUGUGUUUAAGCACUUUCUGAAUUUUAUGGAAAUGAUUCUGUUGAUCUACAGUAGUGGAAAUUACGGUUAUUAACCCAACCUGCUUCUCCAAAAGGGCUACUGUGAAAAGAAAUUAUAGGGCCAAUGACGUGGGUGAUUGUACUUUAUCUCUGUACUCAGGUUCCAGUUUGAAGUAACAGCUAAGGUUUGCUCAAUGCCAAUUCAGUGAACCUUUUAAAUAAAUUUCAACAGUCAUACAAUUUUUUUUUAACUUUUUUUUUUUUUUGGCUACAGGGAUCUUCUACUAAUCAGACUUAAAUAUACAAGAAGUAAAAAUUUCACAUUCUGGUGAUGCAUCUUAAGGUUUUUUUUUACUUAAGGCUUGAGCUCUUCAUUCCAUACUUCUGGGAGGCAGAUGGGGGGAAUAGCCCUUUGCAUGGUGUGAUGUACUUUCAGUUGAAAAUAAAAUGCUGAACCUGCUCAGAAUUAGAUACCAUACUAAUACCACACAAUGAGUAUGAACUUGUACCAGGAUUCUAAGAAUAGCAGUCUUCAGUAAAUACUGUAUUUAAGCACUACAAUUUUUUUUGUCUUAAAAUGUAAUUUCACCCUGAAUUAGGUGUUAACUUGAUUCUUCUAAUGAAAGCAACAUUUAUGGGUUCUAAUAAAUGAAGUUGUUUAAAGUA